AUGCACCUAUCAUUCUUCUUCACAACACUGCUUGCCAUCGCAGUCCAACUGACAGCGGCUGUCCCGGCGCAAGGAGAAAGCCACAAAGCAUCGCAAGUAUACAAAACAUCCGACAAAAUACCUCUCGCCAACGAAGGCCAUGUACAAGUCCAUGACCCAAACAUCAUUCUCUACGAUGAUAAUUACUACCUUUUCAAAGGUGGGGUCCACAUCCCAAUCUUGAAAUCCGCCAAUAUCUCAGGGCCAUGGGAAAGAAUCGGGACGGUUUUCGACGGCGACAGCAUUAUCGACAAAGGUAACCGGUCGCGACCAUGGGCACCAACAACCAUUGAAAGGAACGGUACCUUCUACUGCUACUACACCGUUAGCUUCCACGGGUCCCGCGACAGCGCGAUCGGCGUCGCAACCACGACUUCGAUCGACGGCACCUGGACAGACCAUGGUGCCAUCAUCAAUACUGGAAAAGGUCCAGGCUCAGACGUGUAUCCAUACACGAUCACAAAUGCGAUCGACGCGUCUUUCAUUACGGAUCAAGAGACGGGACAGGCGUAUUUGAACUACGGCAGCUUCUGGCAUGAUAUCUGGCAGGUACCGCUCUCCGAUGAUCUUCUUUCGGUGAAGGAUGCGGAAAGUCCAGAUGCGAUGCAGUUGGCAUUUGUUCCGCAUGCGAAGACGAAACCAGAAGAGGGGUCGUGGAUGAGUUACCACGACGGUUAUUACUACGUUUGGUUCAGCCAUGGGAAAUGUUGCAAUUUUUUCCAGAACGGAUUUCCCGAGCGCGGAGAGGAGUAUAGUAUACGUGUUGGGCGAUCGAAAGAUGUGCGAGGCCCUUUUUCGGAUAAGAACGAUCGUUUGUUGCUCGAUGGUGGCGGGACGGUGGUCUACGCGUCUAACCAUGGGACUGUCUAUGCGCCUGGUGGACUGGGGGUCUUACCUGGGAGCAACGACUCCACGCCUGAUAUCCUUUAUUAUCAUUAUUUGAAUACCUCGAUUGGGUUUGAGGGCUCGCAAGCUCAACUUGGCUGGAACUAUUUGGACUACGAGGAUGGGUGGCCUAAACCCUUAGGAGGCGAAAAUGCAACUUCGAAUAGCCCCAUUUCCAUUUGCAAAAUGUCUGGAUGGAGCUCUGUCACGAUCAUUCUCGGCUUGUGGUUGUACGCAUGA